GGCUGGUACAGUUUGCACGGUGCUUCCAAGUGAGAAAAACCUAUGUCUGGAAAACAAUCCAUCUUUAAAAUAUGGCAGUCAAUAUUCCUCCAGGCUCCCUCCCCACUUCUCAAAAAACCCACCUCUCAUCGUGGUUUGCCACAUUACUCAUUUCUCUCCACAAGUUCAGACACAAAGCUGAAGAUGUCCUGGACGUAUGCAACCCUGCUGGCCCUCGUCGCUGUGCUUGUGGCACUUUCCUUGUCUCCAGAGGCCGACUCUGCAGCUGUUUCCAGCAGCAAAGGCAGCGUUAAAGAGCCUCAAGGUUCAAUGAAGAAGAUCUUCAUGAAGGAGGCAGAUGCAGCAACCUUCUUCAGAAAACGCAGCAGACGAGCCUCAAAGUCUCAGGAUGAGAUUAAUGCUGAGCAGAGGCAGAUUCUAGCUGCAGAUGAACGAAUGAGAGAGUUUAACGAGGAGAAGAGGACCCGGCACGAGAACUUUGCUGAAGAGGAGGAUGAUGAACAAAAUGAGAAGAGCCGAGAGAGCACGGAGCAGUGGAGGGAGUUUCACUACGACGGGAUGCAUCCUCCUCAGGAGUACAACCGCCAGUCCAUCUGAGGCCCAGGGCUGAAGAGAGGAGAGAUGUGAGCUUUUAGAGAAACAACUUUAAAAACACAAUGAGACUUUUCUCAUCUGACACUGACGGUUGAGAUAACAGCUCGUUGUUUUCACCCUUUUCAAGGUUCAAGGUUCUUUAUUUGUCAUAUGAACAUAGCUACAGAGUAGUUAUGUCGAUGAAGUUCUUCAGUCAGGCUUCUCCAACAGUGCAACACAAUAAAACAGAAAAACAGACAAAUAUAGUGCAAGUAAAUAUUAAAUAUUAAAAGUAACUGCAAAAAGAAAGGAAUAGUUUAAAAAGCUAUUUGAAUGAUAUAUUAGGUAAAUAGAUAAAUGAUUACUAAGUAGCAGAAUGUUAUGCAUGUUGUUUCAGCAGUUCAGGUGUUUAACAGUCUUAUCGCCUGUGGGAUGAAACUGUUGGUUUUAGUCAGGAUGUUGUUGUUGAUGCUAGCUUUACAUCCUCAUUGUUUAGUAUUCCCACAGACUCUCAUAAGGUAUGUGUAAAAGUAAUAACGCGAAUAAUUAUUGCAUUGUUUUGUCUUUUCAACUUUUUAAUUAAAAAGCAAAUAUGUAGGUAUUGAAGUACCUUUCUCAUUUCCACAAACUGGCCUUACACAUUUAACGAAGGAGACACGGUACAGAAAUAACCAUUAAACUGAGUUAAUGCAUAGAGAGAAUAUAUGUUUUAUAUUGAAUGGGCUGUGGAUGAACUAAAGAUUAUUUUAAUUUUCAAAGAAAAGUCACAAAGUGUUGAACUGAUAAAAUGUUAAGUAUGUUUAAAUAAUGGAGGGCCUGGGUUAAUCGAUGUGCAAUGAUUUCAUGCUACAUUACCAGAAGAUUAAUGCGUGUGAAUAAACUGUAUUUACUCGUAUAUAUGUACUAACCAUACUGUAAUUAUAUAUAAUCCAUUGUGCUGACAGUUCAAUCUUUUAACGUAGUAGUUUUGAUGUAUUGAUCUAUAAUCUUAUUGAAAGAAAUAUGUACAAACUCUAACUAACUCACUAACCUGAUAUUUACUCAAAGAAUCAACAACCCAUGCA